CAUGUUUUGUGAUUGGUAUUUCAAGAAAAUUUUAUUCAUUCAUGGUGCCUCUUAAAAAUUUUAAAUUUAUUUGUAAUGCAAAUUAAAACUGUAAAUAAUUUAUUACUGGUGCCUGUUUAAAUUUUCCUGCCUGUCAUACGUGGGUGGUGUUUAGGCCUCUGGAGGUGAAGUUGGCUUCCUUUGUCUUAUCAACUCGGGUGAAGCUGGACUAUCUCUCUCCUAACUAGUGCACAAAGGCACCGGAGCCUCUCUUCCUAAACUUUGUCUCAGACGAUGGAUGUGGCGGAGUACCGUUUAGAUGGAAAUGCUGAUGCAGUUGAAUUCUGCCCAUAUGAUUCAUUUCAUGACAUAUUGGCUGCUGCAACAUACACAUUGCAAGAGGGUGAUGAACCAUGUCGAAUUGGGGGAAUAUCAGUUUUCUCUGUCAUGCAAGGAUCAGGACUCAAACUGCUUCAACACAUUGAAACAACUGGUAUAUUUGAUAUAAAAUGGAAUCCUUGUCUAGGACAUAAACUACUUGCCGAAGCGAACUCUGGUGGCUUUCUGAGGCUUCAUGAACUGAACUGCAACCAUGGCACAGCUGAAGACACAGGUGAGGUUCUGAAGGAGGUUGUUAAGGAGGAUGUUAGUUCUUCAAUGUGUUUAUGCCUGGAUUGGAACUUGUCGUCUUCAUCCAUAGCAGUUGGACUUUCUGAUGGUUCAGUUUCCAUUGUCACCAUUUCAGAAGCCCAGCUUGAAAUAACACAACAUUGGCAAGCUCAUGAUUUUGAAGUUUGGGCUUCUGCCUUUGAUGUGCACCACCACCAAUUGUUGUAUACUGGUGCCGAUGAUUGCAAAUUCAGUUGCUGGGACUUACGAGAGUGUACAUCAGCAAUGAUAUUUCAGAACAGCAAGGCGCACAAGAUGGGAGUGUGCUGCAUACAAAAGAAUCCCAUGAAUACUAAUUUACUGCUUACUGGAAGCUAUGAUGAAUCACUUAGGUUAUGGGACAUGCGGGCAACUUCUAGGCCAAUAUUGGAACAACAAAUUUCAUUGGGGGGUGGAGUUUGGAAAUUUAAGCAUCAUCCUAGCAUACCUGGGCUAGUGCUGGCAGCUUGCAUGCACAAUGGAUUUGCCAUUGUUAGGAUAAAGGAAGAUGGCAUGGAACUGCUAGAGAAUUACCAGAAACAUGAGUCAUUAGCGUAUGGCGCAGACUGGCAUCACGGGAAAGUUCAAUUGAAAGGUGAGACUGGUGCAGGUUCUCUGGUGGCUACUUGUUCAUUCUAUGAUCGUCAACUCCGUUUGUGGCUGCCAAAUGUUUUGUGAGCUAAUUUACUAGAGAAACAAAUGCCGUUUUCAUUUUCUUGGAUCAUUCCAUUGCUGCUUGAGGUUUGACAGCGUUACUUCAAAGGCGAUGUGUUUUAGCUCUUCCCAAACUUACCGACAUACAGCCCGCCUCCUGCAGCUAGGAUUUGUAGCAUGAAGAUGGUCUUUGACUGGUGUUUCCGAUUAGCCAUCCAAUUUAGAGAUAAUUGUCAGACGAUUGGUUUUAAUUUAUUCCUGGUUGCUCCUGUCCAAUAUGUUUCCUGCAAUGCUGGAUAUUGUAUAUUCCUCUAUAAUUCGGCUUUAUUGCGUUAGAGAGAUUCCUUUGUUGAAUAGCUGUUGUAAACAUGAACAGACAAGGUUUAGUGCAGACACGCUGUGUGAUUGACCUAAAAUUUCUUGAAUGCUUUUAUGGACGUUUUGGCCUU